UGUCAUGUUAAAAUGAGCUGAUGGUCAUUCGCAGUUUACUGGGCUUGCCAAGCUUUCUUGCAGUUUUUUUGCUGCUUCUGGCUCCUGCUACCCUCGCAGAAACAGAUGCUGAUGUCCCUGCUGUGGGAGAGAGGCAGCUGCAGGAGGACGAGGCCUUGCCCUCCGGAGUCCGCAUAAAGAAUGCACCCAAUAAAAGUAUCGAACUCCUGGUGCUUCCCUCUUGGGAUAUCUUCCUUGGAUUCAGCGACAGUAGGAAAAUUGUCGAGGGCAGGCUGACUACCAUUGCAGUCUAUGAAAAUUCUGCUUACCAGUUCGUAACUGAGCCCUAUGCUCUGAUCGAUGUGGAAAACUUUGGAGAUGGGACCAAGCGGCAUAUGGCCACCAUCACAGUGGACAACCCAAUGACAGGCAUAGAAUCGGGAAGUACGAGUACAGUCUAUGUUGGAGAAUUUGCCCAGGCAGCCAGUCCAAAUUUUGACAUGAAAUGCUUCCCCUUUGACAGAAAGGAAGUAGUCUUUCGAAUUACUCUCCAGAAGCCUGGCAAUUUGAUCUUCGCACUUUCACUUGGUUGCGUCAGCGGAGUCAGCGGCAACACUACUGUCAAUGGCAAGGUGCUAUCCACCUGCACAGGGUCAGCGAUUGGAAGCUAUGUCGGAUUUGAGUGGUCAAGCUUUGUUUGCACGCAAAUGGAUGAUGAACUCAUCGCCUGCUCUAUUGAUGGAAUCAGGGAAUGGGCUGCCAUCUUCAAUUCUUAUAUGUGGCCUUCGGCCAUCUUCACGAUGAUGGGCUUUUUGGCAUUCACCAUGGACAUCAAGAUGUCUAUGCCCCGAGUUGCAACGACCAUGCUGGCCCUGGUCUCUUUAACGAACUUGCGCAAUUCCGUAGUUGCAACUCUUCCCACUUCUGGGAACAUGAGCUGGCUGGAGGAGUACUUUUUGGUGAGCAAGACCUUCAUGUUUUUGAACCUCGCGGGCCAUGCGAUCUCGUUUUACUUGGAUGCGACCGGCAGGAAGGAGUUGCAGAGACUGGCCAACCGAAUCAACUUGUGGGGAAUGAUCCAGGUCAUGUGGUUGAUUGUAUUUGCUCGACUUCAUGCACGGAACUGCAACUUAUUAGAUUCGACGGGAACCGGUGUGAUGGUCGCCUUGCUCUCUAUCAGUACCGGUGUCUUCUUUCUAUAUACCUUGAUGGCACAUCGUCGCCCGCUGAAAGAAACAUUUUUGCCUACAACAAAUCCGGUAGUCCCAACUACUGGAGCUCCAAGACUCUUUUUGGAGGUAAAAGACGGAAAAGGCCCUGAAGAUGAUUGAGAAUGGGCUGUGCACUACGUCAUGACGUGAAUCACAUAGAAUCACUUUGUCCCCUGUGCUCACUACGUGCACAGCGGCAACUUUGCAUUUUGCUCCAAAGGAGCAUCCUUGGUAGACGGAUUUUUCGUUUCCUGGACAACAAAGUUGACUGGGAACAAUGUGCGACAGGAAAAGA